AAGGCAGGGACUGGUGUCCAGAUGGAGUUAACAGUUAUUGGUGCUCUGGAAGGUGAUGAGAAGCCCCAUACUGCUGUUGGGAACAAGGGCUGAGAGGAAGUUGGCAGAGUUUUUUGCACACAAGGAGGCCUGGGCAUUGACUGGGGAGUGGGCCCUGGGGAGGCCCAAGUCACCAGGGUCAUGGCAGAAGUUAAGGGUGGAGUAGAAGAAACCAUGAGCCAGGGCCACUAAGUUUGUGAGGGACAGGUGGCACUGGGAGGAUGCAGAGUCACUCCUGGACACUAGGACCCUAAAGGCAUGGUACAUAUGACAAAGAGGGGGACUCUAAGAUGCGAGGAGGGGCAUGAGUGACAAAUGGCUAGCUGGGGAGAGCCAAGGGCUCCUCCAGGGGGGAGCUCGGACUCCAUCAGAGAUGGAAUGCUUCUAGUGCUUGGAACCAAAGAAAGCAGCUUGGACCAGCUGAGGGUGGGGGAAUCAGUUUCCCAAAGAGAGCUAUGUACAAGGACACCUGACAGGAACAGAGCAGACUGCUGAGUGGGAGGCUCUCGGAGAACCCCACUAGGCAGGAGAGUCCCGGUAUGGUGCCUUCACGGGGUGGGUAAGCAGGUACAGGCUUGGUCCCCCUGCAGAGGGUCACCUGCUGCUGUCUGGGAGCCUUUUGUGACACCUGAGCCUCCCAGUUCCCAAGGGCCUUAAGUGCCCAGCUUGCCUGAUGUGGCUGUGCCUGGCAGCUCUCUUGAGUUUAAAGCAUGGCUCUGGCAACUCUGUGAGCACCAAGACUGCCAUCUAAAGAGAGCCCUGGAUUUUAUGUCCUGGUUUCAUUCCUGUCUCUGAUGAAUUCUAGAACUCUAGGGACAAGACCUUGAUCCAUGCUGUGGCUUCAGUGUUCCUGUCUCUACACUGGUGACAGACCUCAUCUAAAUGCCACUGUCUUCUGACCUUCAGAUGGUCUUUUACCUGGUUCAGACUGAUUCCAGUGUGAUUCACACCCUGGAUCCCCUUGAGCUCCUUAGGAGAGAAGAGGUCCCUGGAGUUUCCCCAGCCCUGGGGUUCAUCCGUCCAUCAUGUGGAGCCUGUGGAGCCUUCUCAUCCCUUAGUGUUUUCCAACACAUUCCUCCUAAGGGGAGGUCUCAGCCACAGGCAUGGGAAGCUUCUGCUGUGGACCUCAGUGUGAACCCUCUGUCUUCUUUUGUUUGCUUCCUACUCUGUGUCUGAAAUGUCAUCAUUGGCCUCAGCCAUGAAACCACCCAAGGAAGCCAAGAACUGUGUGUUCUAUAUACAGCACCCAGAGAAGGAGGAGCCAGUGCCCUCACAGCAGGAGAUAAAGCAGACCCCUGUUGUCAUGGCCACCAUCAAAGGUCCAGGGCCUGCCAAGUACCUCCGACCAUCUUGUACCGGCUGCAUAGCCCAUGAUACCUCCAUGUUCCAGGAGCCAGCUUACAGCUUGCACAUCCGGCACUCAGAGAGGCGAGUCAUAGAUGUAUGUAGCCCUGGGCCUUGCUAUUACUUGGAUCCUAAAGCAACUCGGUUUGGAAUAUCUACCUGUCCCCAGAUCCCCAUGGAGGAACGCAUCUCCAACCUUCGUCUAAGUGCCACGCCAGCCUGCUGCCACUACAACCUUGAGAAGACUCACCCUCCUGGGGAACGCAGGGCUCCCCGGUAUACUUUUGGCUACCGGUGCCCAUAUAGAGUAAUGGACCCCAACCCAGCCCCCAACCAGUACCAGCUGCCAAACUCACUGGGGCCCAAUACCCCUGUCUUCAGAGCUGCCCCCUGCUAUAGUCUGAGCUCUUCAAACAAGAACUGGUUCUACAAGGAGAACAUAGCAGGAGGUCCUGGACCUGCCAUGCAUGCCCGACCAGAGCCAUCUGUCUACCAGAACCGCAGCCCCAUCUUCAGCAUGGCCAAGCACUUUGCCUACCCUCUGGACCACACACUUCGGCCUGGCCCUGGCUCCCACAACAUCCAGCAGGUCACCGUGCAUAAGCCCCGCAUACCUGCCUUCACCAUGGGCAUCAAACACUCGCCUCACCUGUGUCCGCUGAUCAUUGACAUUGUUGACUAAGGCUCCUGCUGGUGCAUACCCCACCCUCCUCAUGGAUGUUAUUUUUCUACACCACACUGAGCAACUUGACCAUAGAUUCCUGUAGCAGAGCUGGUGCCUUCUGAGUGACCAGCACA